AUGGUAUUGGCCGUUUCCGAGCUCCCUGCAGAGAAUAAUGUUGGAAAGACAUCGCUAUUUGACUCAAAGGAAACCAGCCUAAAAGACGAAUGGCUGGGUGAAAAGUACCUCAACUAUGUACUUGCCCACUUAUUGCUCCGACACACAUCUGGCUCCAUGGAGAUCCUUUCUUUAAAUGGAUCCCUCCUCGACGCACAAGUAUUUCUUCGGUAUGACAAGUGUUACAAGCAAUUGCGCGACAACGGGGUUAGAUUGUACCAGUCACCUGAGCUAGGCCACCUCGAAGGUUCCAUCAAUUUCAGAGAAGUCGUUCUCGGUUGGACGGGCGCCAUAGUAAGGCGAGGAACUCCACAAGAACGAGAAAUCCUCGAUCGUGCCAUCAGCGACAAUUCAGAUCUACAUGGUGUCACAUUUGACAAUGAAAAACAGAUGCUCCCUACUGCUCAGACGGGCACGACGGAGCAGGAAGUGUCGCCGGAUGAAGAAUGGACUCCAACAGCCUCUGAAACUGACAUCUGGCGAUAUACCAAAACUUUGCAGGAAAAUUUUGCAGGCCAGGAUGUGGUUCCUAUCUACAAGGAGGUUAUGCUUCGAGGAUAUCCUCCUAGUUUUGGAGCAGAAGUAACUUUCCGUGGCAAGAGGUUUUCCGCGCAGGCGGGUAACAAGAAGCUCGCAAAGCAUCGAACAUCACAGAAAUUGUGCGAGCAUUUUGGAAUCGAGGUCCCUGGACUCUGA